CCAAGGGGCAAAUCACUCAACAAAUUACUUUUCCUAUUACUUUUUUCCCUCAAAAUUACUUUUGCUUAUUAUAUAUGAAUUACAAAUUACUUUCCAUACAGUUUGACGUGAAUGUCAAACUAUUGACGUUUCAAACCAUAUGAUGCAAGUUGUAGAUCGCACAGUAUAAAAUUCGUAUUAUUCAAUUGAAAUAAAAUGGAAAAUCUAUUCUGGACAAUUCUUGAAAGUGACCUUUGUGUUGAAAUACCAACUUUUAUAAAGAAUGGAUUCGACUAUAGCAAUUUUGGCAAUGCACUCGUUUUCAAAGAAAUCUCAGAUCAACACAUCGAUGACCUGGAAAAAUUCAUAAGAUACGAUAUUGCAAAAUUAGUCGAGAUAAAAAAUCCAGAGGAAUUUUACGGUCGGAUUUUUGCAAAAGAUCAUGAAAAAUUCAUUUUUUUACCUGGUGAAAGAGUACUAAUAAAAGAGCUAGUAGCGCAUGUUAAAAGCAUCGUCGACCAAAAUGGAAAAAAUACAGGUCUUAGUCAUUUCAAGUCAUCGAAGGAAAUCAAAACUGAAAGCAUAUCAUCAGGAGCUAGAUCAGGAAUUGGAGACAACGUCGAACAAAUGACAUAUUCGUACUUCUUAAACCAAUUGCUAUCAAAUGCUCGCCAAAAUUCUGAUCGCAAACCAGGCGGAUUUCGAUACGACCCGGAUACUCGAAAAUUUGCUAUGUACUUACGCAUGAUCAUGGGUUCAUUAGCAUAUCAGACACUACAAGCAAAUUUGGAAGGCGCCAUUCCUUCAUUGCCAUCAAUCAAUCGCUACAUUCAAUCAUCUCACUAUCAUAUAACUGAAGGUGUUUUACGAACAGAAGAGCUGCGGAAUUAUUUAAAUGAGCGUAGUCUUCCGAAUGUUGUUUGUUUAUCAGAGGACGCCACACGUGUUGUGGGUCGAGUGCAAUAUGACUCUCGAACAAACCAAGUUAUUGGUUUUACUCUUCCAAUUCAUGGCGAAAGUGGCCUACCAAUUCCGUUUAAAUUCCCAGCAAGAACUGCCACUGAAAUAUUGAAUCAUUUUAAAACUGGGAGUGUAUCAACUAAUUUAAUCGUUGUGAUGGCACAACCGGUUGAAAAAAAGGCUUCACCAUUUUAUCUCCUACUUUUCGGAUCAGACAGCAAGUAUUCAGCGAUUGAUGUUAAACACCGAUGGAUAUAUAUUAAGAAUGAACUGGCUAAAGUUGGAAUUAGUGUCUUAACAAUAUCGUCUGACUCAGAGCCUCGCUAUAACGCUGUAAUGAGAGAUCUAUCACAAUUGGGUGUAGCAUCGAGUAUCAAAUGGUUUUCGUGUGGUAAAAACAUUUUAAAUCCGUUUUAUGUGCAAGAUAUUAUUCAUCUUAUCACAAAACUUCGAAACUUGAUUUUGCGAACGAAAUGGCUCAAUAAGAAAUUACCAUUCGGCAAGUUUAAAAUUGAUAUGCUUCAUGUAUACGUUUUGCUGUAUAUGUACUCAAAAGGUGAACAUCAGCUGACUGAAUCGGUGCUCAAUCCGGCUGAUCGCCAGAACUUUUCAUCAGCGGAGAGAAUGUGUAAUGAAAGAGUGACAGCACUUUUGGAUUUUGGCGUUGAAAAUAGUGAAGCUACAUCUCUGUAUUUGAAAAUGAUGAGAGAUAUUAUGUCCGCUUACAUGGAUCCAAAUCUAACACCAUUACAAAGAAUUAGAAGACUUUGGUAUGCUGUUUUCGUGUUUCGAAUUUGGCGCCGUUACAUUGAGAAUCACAAAGAAUUCACAUUGAAGGACAAUUUCUUGUCUUUAAACUGUUAUGCGUGCAUUGAGCUAAAUGCACACAGCCUGGUUCUGCUUAUGGUACAUUUAAAAGAAACCAAUCAGCCACAGCUGUUUUUGCCGAAUUUGUUUGAAAGCCAACAAUGUGAAUCUACUUUUCGACAAUUUCGAUCACUUUCGUCCACGUACAGUACUGUGGUAAACUGUACAUUAAAAGAGGCAGCAGCACGUAUCUCAAAAAUUCAAUUGCAAAACGAUAUAAUGCAUGGCACAUCGGAACACUUUGUUUUUCCUCGCUUGAAAAAAAAAUCAGAAUUCGUCGAAUACAAUCACUUUGAUCUGCCUUCGAAAGAUGAAAUCUAUUCAGAAAUAGAAAAUUGCCAAAAAGAUGCUAUUAAAACUGCCAAGGAAUUUGGUUUGAUUGGUAAACGAAGUGCAAAAACAUUCGAAUGUAAAAUUAAUCCACACGAAACGAAACACACUCAAGCCAAGAGGAGCGAUCCGAUUUUGAAUGUUCGAAAAAACAUUGCGGAGCUUGAUCUCAAUAACAUAAAACUCAAAGACUACACUGGAAAAUUGAAGGAUACUAAUUUUGAUUUAACAAGUCCAUAUGUCGAAAUACUGAGUGACGAUGGGGAGCAAACAAUUGUCAAGAAGACCUCACUUUGUUGGCUGCUGAGAGAAGACUGCCACAAACUUAGCUCCGAUCGAUUGCUGAGAGUGCGACAUCCGACAAAAAAACUACGUACACAGCCAAACAAAAAUUUCAAAAGCAAAAUCAGCAAGCGACCACGCAAACCAACGAAGAAAAAAAUGAAAUGAAAUGAAUAUUGAUUUUAAUGAACUGUAGCCUGAGCUCACUUUUUUUGUUUAUUGUUUUAACAAACAACCAGGGGAACAAUCGUAACGUUCGUAUUUGAGUCAUUUUUUUUUGUUUUGACUGUAAUAAAAUAUCAAAUAUUAUUGCUUCGAAAACCUUAAUAACGAAUGAACAGUGAACACAGCUCGAUUUUUGCACAAAAACUCAAUCAUAAGUUAUGACAUUUUUAAAAUGAAAUUCGACUCUACCUUAAAAUUUAUAGCUAAAAAGAACACAAAAUAACAACUGAGUAAAUGAAACUGAACAAAGUCUCUGAUGUAAAUAAAGAAUAAACCAAAUUGAAAAAAA